AUGAAUGAAAUGAAGGGCGCCCAAGAAAUCUCAAAAACACCAUCCACUUCCAGGAGAACACAGUCAAAGCAGGGUUCAGUGGAUAUAUAUGCGGCGCAAUGCAAAACCUGCUUGAAAUGGAGAGUGAUGAAUACACAGGAAGAGUUUGAAGAGGUUAGAAGUAAGGCCACUGACGAACCUUUCCUUUGCAGCAAAAAGGCUAAUUGUUCCUGUGAUGAACCUGGUGACAUUGAAUAUGAUUCCACUCGAACGUGGGUCAUUGACAAGCCUAACCUCCCAAAAACCCCACAAGGUUUUACGAGGAGCUUGGUACUUAGAAAAGAUUACUCCAAAUUGGACGCUUACUACAUCACUCCUGCAGGGAAAAAACUGAGAACCCGCAAUGAGAUAGGGGCGUUUCUAAAAGAUAAUCCAGAAUUCCAAGGUGUAUCUGUUACAGAUUUUGAUUUUUCUUCCCCGAAGAUAAUGCAAGACACCAUCCCAGAGAUUAUUGAGCAGAAGGAUUCAUCUAACAAGAAACUUAAGAUAACCAAAGCUGAUGUUUGA